AUGAGGUGGAUUAUAUCCGUGGCUCUUCUGCUCCUCAGCGCAGUCGAUGAUUCUGCGCUGACGUCGGCGCAACCUGCUCCGUCGCUUCCAAGACAAGAAGCGGACAUUGAGCAGUUUAGCGUCCGACUUCCUUUUGACGAUAUUCAGACGCCAACUGAGGAGAUAACCAACCUUGGUGACGUUAAUGAUGACCCAGCUGAUGUUGAUCAAACUCCAUCACUUACGGAGGAGGUUGAGGAGAUCGUUGAACCCGUCGUCGAGGAUGUUGAGACCACGCCGCAAACAAGCGUGACUGAUGUCGACAGCGAAAUUCCUCCGGCGACCAGAGAACCAUGUAAACGUUCUCAGAAGGCAAUGUUCAAUUUCGAAUUCACUCCCAUCGUAAAGUUUGGGUCUGAAGCGAGUCCAUCCGGGUCGGGUCGGGAGAAGCUGAAGAUUCGCGUUUGUAGAGCACCACCUCGAUGCGCCACGCAACCACCAACGGAAGAGUCAUCCGAGCGUGAUGGUACCGCUGAUGUAGAGGGUAACAUGGAUCUAACACCGUCAGCAUCUGAAGAGGAAGGUGAGAGCACUGAGUCCGGCGUCCAAGGCGAUGUGAAUGAAAAUGAAGUGUGUGCUGGCGGCGAUGAGACUGCCCAGGUCGACAGCGAAGCGAUUGGAGACGAUGUUGCGGAAGGUAGUGCUACCGGUGAGGUUGUCGACGUUGACGGCGAAGAGAUUGGAGACGAUGUUGCGGAAGGUAGUGCUACCGGUGAGGUUGUCGACGUUGACGGCGAGGCGGCUGACGGAACGGCAGUGUCUGAUGCCGGCAAAGAGAAUGUGAAUAUCAAUAUUAGAGGAAGCGGUGAUGUUGAGGUCAAUGUCAAGAAAUCAGGAGGCCUUCGCCAAUUUUUUGCAAAUCUCUUCUGCUGGGGUUCCAGCAAAACGCAACCGAAGGACGAAAAAGUCGUUGAGCCUGUAAUCAAACCAGCGGAGAGUGAUGUAACUGAGGCAGAGAAGCACGAUGAGGAUGAGGAUGAAGCCGAAGGUGAAGAGAAGGAUUCCGAGGAAGAUGAAGAGAAGGAUUCCGAGGAAGAUGAAGAGAAGGAGUCCGAAGAAGGUGACGCUGAAGCUGAGGCAGAGACAGAGACAGAGACAGAAGCUGAGGCUGAAGCUGAGGCUGAAGCAGAGGCUGAAGCAGAGGCAGAGGCUGAAGCAGAGGCAGAGGCUGAAGCAGAGGCAGAGGCUGAAGCAGAGGCUGAGGCUGAAGCUGAGGCAGAGGCUGAAGCUGAGGCAGAGGCUGAAGCUGAGGCUGUCGAAUGUGAAGAAAACAAGGUCGAGGACGACGCAAAUGAGUCCGUCGAGGACGAUGCACAAGAAGAAGUUAAGGGUGAAGAGUAA